AGGGAGGAGACAGCAGCCAGCCCUCUGGGACAGCACUGUGUGUUUUGGGGGUGGACAGUGUGGCUUUGUAUGCAGAACAUCAGUGGACACCAGCAGGAGGGACGCUGUCAGUUGUUCUCUGUGUGUGUGUGUGUGUGGUGAAACCGGACCUACCUCUGAUCCCAGCACCGCCGCCUUCUGCCUCCUCCGGACUGACGGUGUGCACAUUUGUGUCAGAGUUUGUGAUGUGGAGCUCGUGCAGUUGAACUUUUCUGGAGACCCUGCGCUGACGGCAAUGGAUUGGAGUCGGGACACGGGAAGGAGAGUGUGGAAUGAGUGACCGGAGGAUCCCAGAGGAGCACUUCCAACCACCCUUCUUCUUCUUCUUCUUCUUCGUCCCUGAUUGUAUCUCCGUGCAUUUUCGUGCUCAACGUCCCGUUUGAGUGGUGAGCGGCCCAUGCGGGCGCUGAGGGAUGCAGGUCUGAACAAACGUCGCGCUCCGAUGCCCGCCGCCAUGCUCCCGUCACCGCCGCCUGCCGGGCCCGACUGGAGCUUCCAGAACCCGGUGGGUGUGGACUGCAGCUCCCCGGAGCCCCGCUGCAUCUGGCUGGCGGUGCUGACGCCGCCUGACAUGCCCACUGGGCAUCACCAGCCCCGGGCUAAGGGCCGAAGGGAUGGUGUCUCUUCCGCCAGUGACAACCCUCGGCCGCCGAUGGCAACGCGGCCGGGGAGGGAGGGGGUUGGCGUCGGCUGGAAAGGGCCCCGGACGCUGCUCCUCCAUAAGAACUCGCAGGGUUUUGGUUUCACGCUACGACACUUCAUCGUCUACCCUCCAGAGUCCGCCCUGCACACUAACCUCAAGGAUGAGGAGAACGGCAAUGGAAAGGAGUUUCAGAGAGGUCGACUGGAGCCGAUGGACACGAUAUUUGUUAAAAAUGUGAGGGACAAAGGUCCGGCGCACCAGGCGGGCUUGUGCACAGGGGAUCGGCUGGUGAAGGUCAAUGGAGAAAGUGUUCUAGGAAAGACGUACUCGCAGGUGAUCGCCCUCAUCCAGAACAGUGAGAGUGUGUUGGAGCUCUCCAUUAUGCCAAAAGAUGAAGAUGUGCUUCAGCUGGCGUACUCCCAAGAUGCCUACCUGACAGGAAACCAACCUUAUUCAGGGGGAGCUGAGCAUCUCCCUCCCCCUCCCCCCCUCUGUUACCCACGCUCCAAGACUACGCCCCCUUCUGGAGCUCCGUCGUCUGUUCCUAUGGGCCAGAACCAGCUGGAUAACUGGAGUCAAUGGCCCAGCUCGUCUAGUCCCUCUUCACCCCUGGACAACCGCUCCACGGUGGGCAGCCCCGCCAGCUGGCAGGAGGGGCGGGCAGGAGAGCCCGGCGGCGUUGGCCACAGCAGCCCGGCCCACCGCACAGAGGAGAUCCAGUACGGAAUGACCAGCCAGCAGCCUCAGGGCCAGAUCAGGGGGCGCUCCUACUCUUCCUCGUCCUCAUCGGGAGGCCCCUUGUCCAGCCCUCUGCAGGUCCACUACCCCAACCACCAUGCUUCCGGCGCCUCGCAGGCCCAGCCACGCAAGUCCGGCUCGGCCUGGACCAGCCCCCCCCCGCCCCAGCUCGGCCACGCUCGCACCGAGCAGUGCCAGCAGGCCCUCUCCGACUGGUACUACAGCCAAGUGCCCGAGCGCUCGGGGCACGGCAUGCACACGCGGCACCGCAGCUACUCUCAGGACCGGCUCGGUGAAUCCAGGAGGCAGCAGCAGCGGACAGGUGGCUGGCCACACAGCGCCUCCCAGGACACUCUGCUGUUACUGCAGCAGUCAGGGCCUGGACCCCACGGGGAGCCCUACUGGUCAUACGGGGACUGGGAGGAGGGCCCGGCUCGGGGCCGUUCGGACUCCGCCUACACCCGCACGCGCUCGGAAAACCUGCUGGCCCAGUACGACCGCCACGGCCGCUCCCUGGAGAUGCUGGACCGGGCAGCAGCGGGACUGGUCUCGCCUCGGUCCGACAGGCCGGCGUGGGUCCAGCAGGCUCCCCAGCCGCCCCCCAGAACCGACGGCCACCUGAGGAAGGGGAACCGUUUCGGCGCGGCGCAAGCUCCGCAGGCGCCCCGGCAGCCGCCGCCCAAACACCACCCGCCAAAAAGCACCCCGGCCCAGUCCCCCCCACAGACUGCUCCUCAGAGCCGCAGACUCCCCUCCGCGCAGAGCAUGGACGACCAGCCCGUGGGAUACCGCAGCUACAGCCCCUCGUUCUACCGCAAGACAGGGCGCAUCAUGCAGGCCCACUCCUUCAGGGACUCGUCAUACUCUGGCCCCCACAUGAACUGGAACCCAACGCCUAAAACGAGCCCCCCGGAGGGCUCAGCGGCUCCCCUCACAGCCUCGAAAGCCGCGGCGCUCGCCUCCGCCACCCCCGAGUCCCAGGACAGAGGGUACAGGCCGACAAACCACGAGAGGGAACGAGGGGCCGUGGAGGGCCAGGCGGAGGCCGCGGCACCGACACAGGAGGUGGUACUGAGGCAGAAACCCCCCACUGGGCGGAGGAACGUCCACGGCAUGCGCCAUCCCCACUACGCCUUGCCUGUGGAUGAGCUGGAGCCCUCUUUGUUUCCCCCUGAUCCCCAGGACUCUGCUACCGCGUCCGCAGAAAACGUGGUCGCACGCAAACCAAACGGGAACCUGGCCCAUCUGUCGACGGAGGACGACUCCCUGGCCUCCAUCCCAUUCAUAGAUGAGCCAACAAGCCCCAGCGCCGACUUGCGCGCCCGCCACGUGCCAGCGUCCUCCGUCGUGUCCAGCGGCAUCAGUUCGGCGCCCGCCGCGGCCGCCAGCCCCGCCUCCCCCACCUUCACCUUCCCCCCCACUAGGCUCUUCUCACACGACUGCAGCGAUAUUAAACCCAGUCGCCGUUCCUCCUAUCUUCUAGCCAUCACCGCCGAGCGCUCCAAGUCGUGCGAUGAGGGACUCAACACGUUCAGAGAGGAAGUCCUGACGAGAGCGAAGAGCUCGUUACCAGACAAGGCUUUGGACAAAUUUGGCGCAGCCGAGGAGGUUCGCUCUAAACGCCACUCCACGUCAGAGCUGGGAAACAUCACCUACAGCGACGUACGGCGCGAAGGAUGGCUGCACUUCAAGCAAACCCACACCGAGACGGGCAAGAAGGUGGGGAGCGGCAUGCGUCCGUGGAAGCGAGUCUUCUCCGUGCUGCGCUCCCAGUCGCUCUUCAUCUACAAGGACAAGAGGGAGGCGCUGUUCGGCGGCUCCGUGAUCGGCGGCGGGGCGGCCGAGGACGAGCAGCCCAUCAACAUCCGCGGCUGCUUGGUGGACAUCGCGUACAGCGAGACCAAGCGGAAGCACGCCCUGCGUCUGACCACCCAGGACUUCUGUGAGUACCUGUUACAAGCCGAGGACCGGGAGGACAUGCUGGAAUGGAUCAGGGUCAUCAGGGAAAACAGCAAGGCGGACAAUGAGGAGUUCGGCAAUUUCAGACAAUUACUCAUCAACAAGAAACUGGAUAAUUACAGAAAGCAAAGUCCGACGGGCGGCAAACCCGACUCGUCCCCCAAGAUGUCCCGCAUGAAGCCCCCCUUCCUGCUGGCCAAGGCCGAGAAUGUAGCGGGAGCACCGCGGUCCCCGAAGCCAGAGGGCAAAGACGAGAGCAGCCCUCCCAAGUCUCCGUGGGGAAUCAGCAUCAUGAAGAAGACCAAGAAGGCCGGGCCCAAAGCUUUCGGCGUGAGGCUGGAGGAAUGUCAGCCGGGUGUAAAUAAUAAGUUCAUACCCGUCAUUGUGGAGAUCUGCUGCGGUCUGGUCGAGGACAUGGGCCUGGAAUACACCGGCAUCUACAGAGUUCCUGGGAACAACGCCAUGGUGUCGACGCUCCAGGAGCAGCUCAACAAGGGCGUGGACAUCAACCCAGCAGAGGAGAAGUGGCAGGACCUCAACGUCGUCAGCAGUUUGCUCAAAUCCUUCUUCAGGAAACUCCCGGAGCCGCUCUUCACCAACGACAAGUACAACGACUUCAUCGAUGCCAAUCGGAUGGAAGACACAUCGGAGCGACUGAAAACCAUGAAGAAACUGCUCCGAGACCUCCCAGAUUAUUAUUACCACACUCUGAAGUUCCUGGUUAGCCACUUGAAGACCGUCGCGGACCACUCCGAUAAGAACAAGAUGGAGCCUCGUAACCUGGCGCUGGUGUUCGGGCCGACCCUGGUCCGGACGUCUGAGGACAACAUGAAAGACAUGGUCACGCACAUGCCGGACCGCUACAAGAUAGUGGAGACGCUCAUUCAACACUGCACCUGGUUUUUCACUGAAGAGCUAGACAAAGACGAAAAGACGCCGGAGGACACUGAGGACGUGCAGCCUGCUCCCAACAUCGACCACCUGCUGUCCAACAUCGGACGGACCGGUCUGCUCGGCGAGGCCUCAGACUCAACCAACAGUGACUCAGCAAAAUCAAAGGGGUCGUGGGGGUCAAAGAAAGAUCUUUCUGCCAAAGACUUCCUGACCCUCUCCAUCAUGUCUGCUGUCACCGGCCGUAAACGCAGGAAGCGCCGCAACGCCCGCCGCGUGGGCAGCAGCACCGACGACGACUCUGAGCACGAGCCGGUCAAAGCGGGUCAUCUUGGGGUGGAGGAGGAGGAGGAGGAGGAGGAUGCGGGUUUGCCCGUGGGAGACACCGCGCCUCGAGCUGAAGGAGAGGAGGACGACGACGACGAGGAGGAAGAGGAAGAAGAAGAAGAAGCGGAAGUUGUAGAGAGUGGAGAGAAGGAGGCGGUCGAGGGAGAGGAGGAGGUGGCGGUGACCCCCUGCAAAGCGGGGGAGGAGGCGGGAGGCGGGCGAGAGGCCCGGGCGGAGGCGAAGGCGCCGUGGCGGGCUCCAGAGGACGCCCGCUCCAUCGUCUCCGGCUACUCCACCCUCUCCACGCUGGGGCGGAGCCUGGGGUCGGAGGGGCGGGGGGACGACGCCGACGACGAGCACAGCGAGCUGGUGAGCGAGACGGACAACGAGAGCGGCUUCGCCUCCCGCUCCCUCACCCAGGAGAGGCCGGACAAGCACCCGCCUCCCCCUGCGAGCGCGCCGGCGCCAGCGGCGCCGCGCAGCUUCCUGUACACGCACCACAAGCCCGCCGCCCCCGCCGGCGCCGCCACGCCCGGCCCGGCCGCGCCCCUCGCGCGCACGCAGGACCCCGCGGAGAGGAGCGAGGCGGGGGCGCGCUCCGCCACGCCCUCGUCCUCCUCCUUCUCCUCCUCCUCCACCGCCGCCACGCACAAACUUCACGCGCGGCCUUCCUUCAGCUCCCACAAGCUGAUCCAGUGCGACACCCUGGCCAGGAAGAAGCUGAAGUCGGAGAAGGGCAAGCACCGCUCCCUGGACCUCAUGGAGCUGUCGGAGGCCGUGGCCCAGAGCAACGGCGCCGGCCCUGGACCCGAAGGCGCGCGCAGAGCAGCCCGGGACGCCUCCAGAACCAACGCCUCCUCCGGCAGCAGCCAGGAGAGCCUGCGCCAGGCCCGACCCAAAGCCACGGCGCCGCCCGGCGAGGCGGCCUCCUUCACGCCGGCCGGCGCAGGCGGCAGGUCUCUGGCCGAGCAGGUCCGCGCUCGGCUGCUGGGCUCGGCCGACGACCUGCGCAGAGUGGGGCUGCGGAAGCCGCUGUCGCCCGAGACGCGGCGGAAGAAGCGGGCCUGGCGCCGGCACACCGUGGUGGCCUCCCCGGUCGAGGCCUCCGGCACCAGACCCCCACUGACCCACAGCGAGUUCUCGCCGACCCCCGUCACUCACAACCAGGUCAAAACGCCACAGCUGCCUCAGGAACCGGACGGGUUCGAUCAGGGACUGGCUCCACGUCACGCAGCCACCUCCAGAUUCCACCAGUACCUGUGACGGGCAGCGCCCACUUUCUUUCGGGUCAGCUCCAUUCGCAUGGCAUGGGGCGCUCCAGUGUUGCCAAAGCUUUAGUUGUCUUUUUGCUUUCCUCUGUGUGUUUUUAUAGACAUAAUACAGAGGCGAAACAACCCUACUCACAGUUACAGUAACAGCCAAAACCCUCUCAGCUAAGGAUAAAUCCUGCGUUCUCACCCUUCCUGUCUGGCUCAUAAACGUCAUCCCCUCCAGUGGCCAGAGGGGGGCGCUGAAGGGCACCCUCCCCCUGGUUCCUGACAGAAUGGUGCUUUUUUUUUAACAAGGUGGAGUUUCACGCUCCAUCCACAAAAGUUACACACACGUUAAACAGACGAGCCUAAAACCAUUUCAGCUGAUCCCACAUCAGUCUUCCUAAUGUGACACUGUAAAACCCACCCAUGCGCAGCCCGCAGCCUCUCUCCCUACGUGUUCAUAAUGUUGUGUUUGUGACGACGUCUGAGCGUGCAGGUGUCCGUGAUGAAUUAUUUUGUAAGAUUUGUACAAAGCCUUGUUAAGUUAACCGUGUAAAUAGAAAUAUUAUGUUAUCAUAUUUGUUUUUACUUUUUUAGUUAUUUUUUAUGGUUCGAACUUGUGCACAGUCAUUUUUUUCAAGAUGUUACUUGAAAUGUUUCCCUUAAUAUAUACAUUUUGUUUUAUACUUGCUCUCUCUCUCACUAUAUAUAUAUAGUUAUAUAUAGUAUGAAAGUAAAACACUUAUUGUGAUUUCACCUCUUGGGAGCACUUGUUCUGAGGAGACCAUAAACGUGACUAAACCUGUUCUUUAUUUCCUCGUCGAUGGCCUUUCUGAUUCUCAGCACUGUGCAGGAAAACCUUUAUCUCGUGAGAUAAAUGAGACACAGUCUCACGAGCAUCUGGUGACUAAGUGUUGCUUCAACGCGUAUUCAAGCUAUCUACUAACUACAUGUAGCAUGAUAAGUAAUCUGAUAGUCAUUACAGUGUAUGGGACCGUUUUCAGGCAGCUCAGCGCCUCCGUGAUGGGUGACCUCACCGUUUGUUCAGCCGAGCUUCGCCUCUUAAGCUCUGUUCGUACUUUACCGAGCUCGUGACGAUUGUUCUUUUGGCCGCAGAGAGGAUCCGUGCGUGCAGACAGCUCCGUGUUCACUUCAGGUGAUCUGUGUUUUUGCCGCGUCCCUUCUGAGGAUUCAUCCGUCUGCACGUUUAUUACCUUGGGGUUUCAUGAUGGGGAGUUUUCCAUAAGGUCAGGCUCUAAAUAAAACCCUGGCUGACAGGGGAAAUGGUACACCAGAGGACCUGAAUGCAACGCCUGCUCACACAGGUCUACUGCUUUCAGCCCUCACCUUGACUGUGGACAUGCAGCACAUGAAAUCAGGAGAUCUGUUGUUUGACCAAAUACCACCGCAAAAGAAGAAGUGAUAAGUUCUAGUCUUGUCUUACCUCAAGAUUCUUUCUACAAGUGCCUGAUUUCUGGAAUGUCUUUUUGUUCUGCGGUGCAAUGCCUGGUUCUUAUCUUUUUAGCGUUUCUUUCGGGUGUUUCUGGGUCUCCUCCCUCCUCCAAUGUGGUUGAUAGUACGACUGAGACGCUCACCCAAAGAUGUGUACAAUAAAUACUAGUCCAAAUGAGAGGCUGUGACGCGAGCACACCUCGAGCCAAGGAUGCGUCUAAUGCACUCUCUUUGCCGUCAACACAGGCAUGAACAGCUAUUCUCCGUGCUGCUAAGAGAGAAGAGGCAUAGCAUUCUCUCAGCUGCUUUUAGUUUUAUUUUAAUUAUUUAAACAAGCCAAGCUUAUCUCCCUUUACCUAGUGAUCUACUGUGUGACUAUGGUACCGCCCAUAUACCCUAAACACCGCAUUAGGUGAUGCUAGAUAACAUCCAGCUUCCCAAAGAACAGCCCCAAACUUCAUCUAAAGGAAAACUCAAUAAUUGGUGUGUGUUGUCUGAAAUGUGACUUACCUAAUGUCUCAUUGUUGUAUUUUAGUUAUUUUGUACAUACUAUCUUAAUAUGUAACAUAUUGUAUUGUGUACAUUUUGAAAUGCUCUUGAUUAUAACUAAAACAAAUGAAAAUGGCUGGACUUAAAAGGAUGCCAGCCUAAAACCAUUUCCCUCAUGGCCGUGUGCUUUAAAGCAUGGUUAUAUGAUGUAAAUAAACAGAAGUAUGUUUAAAAAGGUU